AUGGCCAUUAUACCUCCACCUCCAAGCGUAGUGACGGAUGAAGAAGAAGGACCUGAUGAAAACUUAGGAACUACUUUACUACCUCGAGACAUUCCCGGAAGUAUUGAAGUGUUCAUACAUAACAAUAAAUCAGAUGAUGAUGACAGCAGUGAUGAUGAACCGUUAGCCAAUAAGCAACUUCGACGUGAUCAAGAGGAAGGAAUCCCAUCAUGGCAUAAGUGCGAACCAACUGAUUCUAAAACAUCUAAAGAAACUUCUGAAUUAGAUCGAAAAAGAGAAGUUGUCAAAGAAGAACUCAAAGAUUUGUAUCCUACCCAGAUAUUUGAAAAAAUAUUUGAUGAAGAAGUCAUUGAACUCAUUGUUUCUAACACCAAUUUAUAUGCGAGACAAAAUAACAGGCAUUCAUUUCAGUUAGAUGCAAACGAGCUGCUUAUGACUAUCGAUUCGACAGAACAAAUGAGUUAUUGCUGGUUAGAUGGAAGGAUAACAGCGUUUGUACCAUGGUAA